UCACUCUAUUAUGUUUGAGAUCGGGCUUCCAACCAUGGUGACUUGGAAAGAACACAUUGUCUUCUUUCUUCUCCUCCUCUUCUUCUCUCCUUCAGUUAUCGCAUAUCGUACUCCGGAUCCGUCGAUCAGGGCCGGCUACUGGCCCACGUGGACCUUCUCCUACUCGCCGCCCUCUUCCAUUGACCGUUCCCUCUUCACCCACCUCUUCUACGCUUUCGUCCAAGUCGAUUCUUCCACCUUCCGCCUCGAUGUCACCGCCGACGACGACCUCAUGCUCCGGAACUUUUCCGCCGCUGCGCACUCCUGCGCUGGCCGGCGCCGCCGCCAGCCGCCGGUCAAAGCCCUGCUCUCCAUCGGCGGCGGCGGAAGCAACUCCGCCUUCUCUACUCUGUCCGCUAGCGCCUCCGCGCGCGCCGCCUUCAUCGACUCCACCAUCGCCGUGGCCCGCCGCUACGAUCUCGACGGGCUCGACCUCGACUGGGAGUUCCCGCAAGACGCAGGGGCGAUGGCCAACCUGGCGACGCUCCUCCUCGAGUGGCGCGCCGCGGCGGAGCGGGAGGCUGAUUCCACGGGGCGGCCGCGGCUGCUGCUCACGGCGGCUGUCUACUUCGCCUCGCGGUUCUUCCUCGGCGACGGCAGGUCGUACCCGGUGUCCCAGAUGGCGGCGACGCUCGACUGGGUGAACUUGAUGUGCUACGACUUCCAUGGGUCGUGGGACACGUCGGCGACGGGAGAGCACGCGGCGUGGUACGAUCCAAACAGCAACAUCAGCGGCAGCUACGGGGUCGAUUCCUGGGUGGCGGCGGGAAUGCCGACGAGGCAGGUGGUGCUGGGGAUGCCGCUCUACGGUCGGACAUGGGAGCUGCGGGACGCGGCGGAGCACGGAGUUGGCGCGCCGGCGGUGGGGGUGGGGCCGGGUGACCUCGGCGUGCUGGUGUACUCGGCGGUGGAGGACUUCAACCGGAACAACAGCGCGACGGUGGUGCAUGACCGGGUGAUGACGGCGGCCUACUCCUACGCCGGCACUAGCUGGAUAGGCUACGACGACAGUUGGUCAGCGGCUAGGAAGGUCAGAUUCGCGCGCCGCCGCCGCCUCGGGGGAUACUUCUUUUGGUCGAUCGGAUACGACGACAGCCGCUGGAGCGUCACAAGAGCAGCUCGGGCUGCGUGGGCAUGAAUGACGACGGGCAAGUCUUCAGAUCGUGGAUAUCGCUGGCGUUAUCCUGAAUUCUGUUUUGAUUAUUUAAUAAGUUAUGCUUGAACUCGAUAAUAAUUAAAUCUGGAACGGACCAGAUCUCUAUGUUGAAUCGGCUAAAUUGGAAUCUGGCCAGAAUCUUGUUUAAUUGCUACAAUAAAAACCGUUGGUGGAAGUUAAUGGUUUUAAAAUCAA